GAGUCGGCAGAGGACAGAAUAGAAGGAGCAGGAGUCCCGUUAUGUCCCUCGUCUCGUUCGUCGUGCAGUAAACUGGCGCUGUUUUUCAGAUAAUGUCCAAGAAUGUCCAUUUCUGGGACUCUCAGCAACUACUAUGUGGACUCCAUCAUCAACCACGAGAGCGAUGACCUCUCCACUGCUCGAUUUGCGGCGGACCAGUACUCCGGUUCGAGUCCCGGUGCUGCCGCUGGUGGACGCCAGCCCGGCGGCUCCUCACACGCGGACCAUCCGCACUCAGACUCGUAUCCGUCAUGCAGCUUCCAGCCGAAGCCAUCUGUCUUCUGCUCGUCUUGGAGUCCGUUCAGCCAUCAUCACGGCGCUGGUGGAAUCCAAGCCGUCUACCAUCCGUACAUCCCUCCCCAGCACGUCCCUGCCACGGACUCUCGGUACCUCCGCUCGUGGUUGGACUGCGCGCCCCGCGGCGCAGAGCCGGUCCCGGGUCAGACUGGCCAGGUCAAACUGGAGCCGCAACUCGCUCACCUCGGUGCGGAGAUACAGCACAAACUCGGCGGGCAGCACCACCGGGACACGUCCGCGUACAUCCUGGAGUCCCGAUCCAUGGCGGCGCCGCUGAGCCUCCAUCCUGCCGUCGUCGCCGGAGCAGGGUUCGAGGAGAGUAAGGACAUUUGUGAGGGCAGCGAGGACAAAGACUCUCUGGAUCAAAGUGAUCCCUCCGCCAACUGGCUUCACGCUCGAUCCUCGCGGAAGAAGCGCUGCCCGUACUCCAAGUACCAGACCCUGGAACUGGAGAAGGAAUUCCUCUUCAACAUGUACCUGACGCGGGACCGGCGGCACGAGGUGGCCCGGGCUCUCAACCUGACGGAGCGCCAGGUUAAAAUCUGGUUCCAGAACCGGAGGAUGAAGAUGAAGAAACAAAGCAAGGACCAGUCUAAGGACUAGCAGAGCAGAGGAAACACUCGAUUAUCUGCUGUCUUGAUUGUUUUAAGACUUCUCCACGUGACCUAACACGUGGACGCUCAAUGACACACACACAUACGCGCGCACACAGUACUAGGUGACAGCACAGAGGUGACGGUAAACACCACCCGGCAGCUGCGCAUCCCACCCGAGUCAAGACCCACGCCGCGUGAUUUCCCUGCUCUUCUUCAGCCCUCGGACUAUUCACUUGCCUUGCCGUUUACAUCGAAAAUAAACUGAUCCAGAUGUUUUUUUCCCCCCCACUAUAUUUUCACCACUGUUAUGUUAAUUUGUAAUUACACAUGUCCUCACCGCUAUGCACUUGUAUGAACUGUUUGAUAUAUAUAUAUGAAUUUAAUUCAAUGGGACAAUUUUAAUUCUAUAUUUCAACAUCUGACAUCUGAAAACGCAAGGUCCGAUUGUUGUAAAUGGUUUGAAAUGAAAUCCUCUUUUGGAUAGCAAGGUUCGACGCACGGACUCCUGAAGGCGCAGGUCAUUGUCGUUUGAAUAAGGUCACGCAUUCGCGCUGACGCACAAGCAGCAAGUGUCGACUUCACUCGAAAUUAAACCUCGACUGUGUGUGUCACUCUUAACUGAUGAAUCUGCUCUAUUUUUCUAAAGCGUAAUCUGCUAUGCAAAACUGCUGUCUCCUGGUCAGGAGGGUCCGGUGAUACCGCUGCGCACGCAGCUGCACAAUAUCCAUUCCGUCGUUUAGAUGUUCCGCAGUACUCGCUGUCGUCUUUACCGUCACAUUGUGCGCGUUCUUCUACAUGUUAUGGAGCGCUUUAUCACUCUAGUGGAUUGAAAGAUACUUGAAGUAACUGGAACAACUUUAUCGACGGAUCGUAAACACACCAGCUCGCGCGUGUGUGCGCGCGCGGGGGUAUGUUUAUGCUGCUUUGAGGGGACCGCACGACUUCGUGUGGACAUUUGAGCCUCAAACUCAAAUGAUAAUAUUAUAAUAACUAUAAUAACCGAGUCAUUAAAAUUAGGUUUAAGUUUGGUUCACAGUAAUGGUUAAGGUUGGCCAUUUGUUUUGGAUGGUUAGGUUUAGGGUGAGAGGCUGGGGAAAGGGUUAUGGCAAUGAGAAACCUCACAAUAUCUCACAAUAUAGGAUUGCAUUGCAAAUAAGUGUGCGUGUGUGUGUCAUACCAUGGAAGAAUUCAUACUUUAAAAGCCGGCAUAGACGCACAACGGACAAACUAAGCACCAAAUCGUUUGUUUUUGUACUUGAUCAGAUCAGAAAUGCGACAGUUUUCCACCCUCAAAUCGAGAGUGAAGUUGUUUACAUUGUUUGCGCAUGCGCUGAGUUAUUUUCAGGAACUCGUUUUGUGUUAUAUUUUAGAGUGGAAUGAGUACAGA